AUGUCUAAUGAUCGUAGUUGGAUUACUCGACGUAUGAAACCCGGUGGUUAUGGUUUUACGGAUGAAUAUAAUGAGGGGGUUAAAUAUUUUUUGGCAUUUGCGCGAAGUAAUUCAAGAACACCAAAUGAUCCGAAUCUUUUAAUCAAUUGUCCUUGCAAUAUAUGUAGGAAUCAAUUAUUCCAGCUCAUUCCCGAUGUUGAGUUUCAUUUAAUUGCAACCGGUUUUUUAGAAAGUUAUACUAAUUGGCACUAUCAUGGAGAAGCUAGUGGUUCAAGAAAUGAACAAAUGGAUGAUCGUGAAGAUGUAUAUGAUGAAUAUGAAAUGUUUAUCGAUGCAUUUGGUAAGGAGGCUUUUGAUGAAGAAAAAAGUAACCACGAAGACCCGAAUGAGCAAGCAUCCAAUUUCUUAAAAAAUGUGAAUAUAGUCGGUGAGCCAAUAUACCCGGGAAAUGUCAAAUACUCUCAAUUGAAGUUUGUUACGAAGUUACUGCAUUGGAAGAAUCGCAACAAAUGUAGUGACAAAGCCUUUGAUGAGCUUCUCCUUUUACUUGGAGAUGUGUUUCCAGAUCAACAUAAGCUUCCAUUCAAUUAUUAUGCUGUCAAGAAGAUGGUUAAGAAGCUGAGUUUGGGAUAUCAAAAAAUACAUGCAUGUGAGAAUGAUUGUAUGUUAUUCUACGGUGAUGAUAAAGAUCUACAACAUUGCAAGUAUUGUAAAUUAAGCCGAUACAAAGUUGCAACAAAUGCUGGGAAUAACACCAUUCCAAGAAAGGUCUUGAGACAUUUCAAGAUUACUCCUCGGUUGCAGCGUUUGUACAUGUCUACUCGCACGGCUAUGCAUAUGAAGUAUCACAAGAACAGAAUUGUGACUGAUGGGGUUCUUACUCAUCCUGCAGAUGGGGAAGAAUGGAAGGACUUUGAUAGGAACUAUCCUGAAUUUUCAGCUGAAAUUCGUAAUGUGAGACUUGGCCUUGCAACUGAUGGAUUUCCCCCGUACAGCAAUGCUACCUCUACAGUAUACUCGGUAUGGCCAGUUGUACUACUUGUGUACAACCUUCCACACACUACGUGUACAAAGGAUCCAUUCAUGUUCAUGACAUUGCUAGUACCCGGACCAAAUGAUCCCGGCAAGAAUCUAAAUAUUUAUCUCAGACCUCUGAUUGAUGAGUUGAUCGAUCUAUGGAAUGUUGGUGUGCACACAUAUGAUGCUUCUACAGAGACAAAUUUUAUGAUGCGAGCAGCCUUGCUAUGGACUAUAAGUGACUUUCCUGGGUUGGGAAUGGUUAGUGGAUGGUCAACUCAUGGAAAAAUGGCUUGCCAUGUGUGUAUGGGUGAAGUCAAAGCUAAACAAUUGCCGCAUAGUAGGAAGUCUAGUUUUUAUGGGUUGCAUAAGGGGUUCUUGGAUAAACGUCGAAAAAAUCGAAAGAAAGGUUGCACUAUUCGCAACAAAAUUGCUAGUAUAACUUUCCCACAACCUGGGAAACCACACGCCAAAGAAAGGGCAACAGGAUUUGGGGAUUGGCACAACUGGACACAUGUACCUAGCUUCUUUGACUUACCAUAUUGGGAUUCGUUGCGUUUUGUCAAUCUAUGUGAUUUCAUAAUUUAA